AUAUUAGUUUCGCUGUAGUAAAAAUACAUCAUUUUGGGCAAUGAAGACAUUGCUUUAGCCUCGAAGUGUUGGGGCAGGUGCCAAGCCCCAUGAGGGUCUCCAAGCACUCCUUGUGUCAAGACUACACAAACAUUCAACAGUGAAUUAAGGAAUAUGAUCUUGCUCAUGGUACCUGCUAUGCAGCAGGGAGGGAAUCCCUCUGUCUCUGGUUCCCCAUCUCUACCUGCUGUGAUAGACACACACAAGUUCAGAUGUGGCUCCUGUACUGGAAACUGGUUUUGUGCACUGAUGCCACCUACUGGCCCGCAUGGUGACUAACAAGCAAAACCAUAUGCCUGCCCUCAAGCCUUCCCUUGCAUUUUCGGGCAGCACUUUAAAGGACUCCAAUUUCCUCCAAGCAGGAUACUUUUAGCAGAGAGCUUCAUUCCCCACCCUCCAUCUUGGGUGAGGGGUGGGGCGGAAAUGCCUUGAAUAUGCUAAUUACUUUCUGAGGGGAGGGAUGAAGUCCAAAAGGCCCUGCACUUAGGGGGCUGUGCUUUUCUUCUUCUUUGGGCUAGCUCUGCCUUCUUUGCUUCGUGGCUUCUUUUAGAAGAAUGAGCCUUGUGUUCCCCAGUGCAGAGAGGAAUUAAGGAACAGACUUAAAUGAACUAACUCAGGAGGCUGUAGCUAGCCAACAACAAAUGAAGACAGAUUAUUUUUCUUAAUCUUAUUUUUGCAGCAUUUUAUGCUAUGCAUCAUCCAGACGGAGAAAGGAAGGGGGCAGAGGCACAAAAUCAUCUAACAGCAAUAGAGGAGGAACAGCAACCCAUACCACCCCCUGAUGGAGGAUGGGGAUGGAUGAUAGUGCUUCACUUCUUUCUGGUAAAUGUGCUCGUGAUGGGAAUGCUGAAAACCUUUGGAAUUUUCUUUGUGGUCUUUCAAGAAGAGGUGGGAGGCUCUUCAGAACAAAUCAGUUGGAUUGGCUCCAUCAUGUCAUCUCUUCGCUUCUCAGCAGGUCCACUGGUCACUAUAGCCUGUGGGAAGCUGGGGGACCAGCUGACUUCCAUCAUUGGGGCAGGCCUAGUUAGCAGUGGUUGUCUGAUCAGCACACAGGCUACUAGUAUCUCCUUCCUGUGUGUGUCUAUGGGACUUCUACUGGGGCUAGGCUUUGCUUGCUUGUAUCAAGCAGCUGCUGUGAUGACUGCCAGGUACUUUAAAAAGCGACUGGCUCUAUCCAAUGCAAUCGCUCGCUCAGGAAUGGGACUGACAUUUAUACUAGCACCUUUCACUCAACUUCUGAUAGAUUUUUAUGGUUGGCAAGGGAUUACAGAGACAGUCAGCCAAUUGCUUUCUGGCUGGAUUGCUGAUCAGAACUGGAUCAAGAAGUAUCAUUACCAUAAGACUUACCUUAUUCUGUGUGGCAUCACUAACCUGCUGGGUCCUCUUGCCACAUCCUUCCCAUUACUUAUGGUCUACACAGUAAGCUUUGCCAUUUUCUGUGGAGGAUACCUGGCUCUGCUGCUCCCUGUGCUGGUAGAUUUUGUAGGUGUCCCCAGACUCCACAGUUCUUUAGGAUUUGCCUCAUUCUUUGCUGGGAUAGCAGCCAUCGCUGGACCUCCUAUAGCAGGAUGGCUGUAUGACUACACUCAGACAUAUGCCUGCUCCUUUCUCUUUGCUGGAACAUGUUAUCUCAUCGCACCCAUUUCCUUCUUCUUCGAGCCUUCUGCCCAUAAAUGGAAGCUACGGAAAGAAAAGGAGUUGAAUGAAGUGACCACUUAGCAGAGAGGCUCUGCUGCAGUUGAAAGAAAAGAAGAAGCCUGACUUCAGUAUAUGAUCAGAAGGUGAUAAUUAGGACAGACUUUUCACUAAUUUAUAAAAGAUGGAAGAAAAAUGAAAACUGACAUUUGUCACAACAAAAGACUCAAAUGAGUCUAUUGUCCAUAAAUGUUACUUCAUGAGCAAGUGGUGUUUAAGAUCAAGAUGAGCCCAGCAAGAUGUGCAUUUUGGCUAAAAGACUUUGUUCCUAAAAAUAUCCUCAGUUUGGCAUGAAGUCUAGUCAUCUCUUAAAACAACUUCACUGCUUCUGUUCUUCCCCCAGUGUAUAUUAUCUCAUAUGUUUAACAUGAUUAGUAAGAGCCUUUGUGUUAGGCAAUUCAUUUCUGCUUUUCCAGCUUGCUUAGCCAGUGUCCUUAAGCCUGAAGGGCAAUCUAAACCCAGUCAAUCCAAACAUAUGGAGUUAAAAACAGACUCACCUUUCAACAUAAAGCAGAUAAGGCCCUCAAAAGUGCUAAAACAGAGGAUCUUGUUAAAAAUAUCUAGAACAAUGAUCCAGGGAAGAGAGUGCUCUAAAAGAGGAAUAAAUUUAAGCUUCAGAGAAACAGAGGGAGUCCAUAAAAACCUGUUUUUCUGCACCAAGGAAACAACAUUGUGACUGCUAAAAGUUCUCCUGACCAGGGGUAUAGUGCAUCUUUGUUAUAACACACAGGAUAUUGGAACCAAACAUAAUUUAAUUAAAGAAGGCACUAAGAUAUAAUAUUAAAUUCAAUCCUCUGUUCAUACAAUAUAACAAAUUGUUAUUUGAUGUGCUGAGUAUAUUUUCAUUAAAAAUUUAGCAACACAGCUGGAAUUCUUGAGUUGGAAAAAAACCUUUAGAAAAGGAAUGGGACUAGAAAAGAGACCCUUCUGAAAC